UAACAUUAAAAAAAAAGGAAACGUCAUAGAAAAGUAUUAAAAAUCUGGUAAACGCUGUGACUUGCAACCCUUUUCUUCUCCAGUAGAUUUGAUUUUCCCACUUUACACUUUCUCCACCGCUCCUGCAACAAUGUCGGCUGCUUUCAUUCCUUUAGAUCAUCAAUCUCACCACAACAUCCUCAUGGACUCCCAGCCUACUACUACUACUUCCCCUCAGGUGAAAACAGUGAAGAUUAGCAAUGUUUCACUCAACGUUUCCAAGAAAGAUGUCAAUGAGUUCUUUUCUUUCUCCGGUGACAUUCACUACGUCGAGAUGCGAAGCGAGACGCAAGAAACUCAGCUUGCUUAUGUUACUUUUAAAGAUCCACAAGGCGCAGAAACUGCUAUGCUCUUAACGGGAGCUGUCAUUGCUGAUCAUCGUGUCAGUAUUACUCCUGCUGUGAACUACGAGCUACCACCAGAAGCCCUUGCACUUGACUCGCAGGAAUACUCAUUCAAUGGCUUCACUGUCAAGAAAGCCGAACAUGUAGUAAGUAUUAUGAUGGAAAGAGGUUACGCUGUCGGCAAAGACGCAAUGGAGAAAGCCAAAGCCUUUGACGACAAACACAACUUGGUCUCAAACGCCUCGGCAACCAUCGCCUCCCUCGACAACAAGAUUGGUCUGAGCGAGAAGCUAAGCAUGGGAACAACCGUGGUCAACGAGAAGCUGAGAGAGGUGGACGAGCGGUAUCAAGUGAGGGAGAUCACGAAAUCUGCUCUAGCAGCUGCUGAGGAGAGAGCGAUCAGCGCAGGCACAGCUCUGAUGGCUAACCCUUACGUCUCAAGCGGAGCUUCUUGGUUAUCAAACGCCUUUGGUGCAGUGACAAAGGCCGUUAGAGCUGAGAAUGGAGGAGAGGGGAGGAAAGAGAUUAUUCAGCUUGAUGACACUUCACCUAAAGCUCCUGCUGUUGUUCCUGUUAGCUCGGUGGACACAGACUUCAUCACCAAACUAAGUUUCUAAAAGAUUGCAUUGUCUCAAACUCUCAUUCUUUGUGCAUAUAUAUGCUUUUACAUAUUCAUUUGUCAUCUUUUCAUUGCACAAACAUAAACUUUAUUGUUGUUUUGUUGGUUCUCAUUGUUUAGAAUUUUUUACCUUGAA